UGGAAAUUAAGGGCUUGCCAAGGCGGGGAACUGGCCCGAUGAACCUUGCUCAUUUCUGAUUGGGACCCUGAAGGGUGGCACUCUGGAAUGAGGGUGACCGGGAUGCCGGCAGGCCCUCUCAGGCCUCCGCUCAGCUCUGCGUCAUCUCACCGCCUGAGAUUGCGUUGAGGUGCUUCUAGAUUGUUGCCCCACAGGCACCGAGCAGAAGCAAACUUAACUUUUCUCUGAAGAUUUAUAACAUCAUCUUAGCGUUGAAAUUGUUUCUGCAAUUUUAAAAUUCAGUGUCUGGUAUAUGGUAAAAAAAAAAAAAAAAAAAAAAAAAAAAAGCAGGCAACAGAGAGACAUGACAAUAACAAGAACAGACCCACAGCAGCUCCACAUAUCAGAGCCACUGGGCACAGAUAUUGGAAUAACUGUGCCUGCUAUGUGCAUAGAGAUAAAGGACACAAUUUAGAAUUUUGGCAGAGAACUGGGAACUAAACUAAAUCCACGUGGAUGUUCUAGAACUGAAAAAUACAAAUUCUGAAAUGAGCAACUCAUUGGAUGGGCUUAAUAGCAAAUUAGACACAUCAAAAGAAAAACUUGGAGCCUUUUGGCUCUCUGAGCAGCACCAUGGCGUCAGCAAGAACAGGAGUCUUAUGAAAGGCGGCAAAAAGGGAGCCAAGAAGAAAGCGGUUGACCCAUUUUCUAAGAAAGAAUGGUAUGAUGUGAAAGCACCAGCUAUGUUCAAUGUAAGAAAUAUUGGGAAAACACUAGUCACGAGAACUCAGGGAACCAAAAUCUCAUCUGACGGCCUCAAGUGUUGUGUUUUUGAAGUGAGCCUUGCUGAUCUGCAGAAUGAUGAGUUUGCAUUUAGAAAAUUCAAGCUAAUUACUGAGGAUGUUCAGGGCAAAAACUGCCUGAAUAAUUUCUGUGGCAUGGAUAUUACCCAUGACAAAAUGUGCUCCAUGGUCAAAAAAUGUCAGACCAUGAUUGAAGCUCACGUUGAUGUCAAGACCAAUGAUGGCUAUUUGCUUCAUCUAUCCUGUGUGGGUUUUACUAAAAAACACAACAGUCAGAUUCGGAAGACCUUUUAUGCCCAGCACCAGCAGGUCCACCAGAUCUGCAAGAAGAUGAGGGAAAUCAUGACCCGAGAGCUGCAGACAAAUGACUUGAAAGAGGUGGUCAAUAAAUUGAUUCCAGACAGCAUUGGAAAAGACAUAGAAAAGGCUUGCCAAUCUAUUUAUCUGCUCCAUGAUGUCAUUGUUAGAAAGGUAAAAAUGAUGAAGAAGCCCAAGUUUGAAUUGGGAAAACUCAUGGAGCUACGGGGUGAAGGUAGUCGUUCUGGAAAAGCUACUGGGGACGAGGCAGGUGCUCGAGUUGAACGAGCUGAUGGACAUGAGCCAAGGAUCUGCUGAAAAUUCAGACUUUUAAUGGUGACAAAUAUCUUUUUUUAUGAAAAAAAAAAUUGGAGACUUGGGACAUAGGACAGAAGAAAAUAUCCAGUGUGAUGCACGGAGACGCACAAAAAGUUGAAAAUAAAGAAGAGAGGAUGAGGGACAUGGAGGAUAAAGGGACAAGGUCUCAUAUCCAUGUGGCUGGAGUCACAGAAGGAGAGGAGAGAGAGAGAAUGGGGCAGAAACCACAUCCAUAGAGAGAACGGCUGAUAACUUCCCCAAAUAACAAAAGACAUCAAGCCGUAGAUUCAAGAAGCUCUAAAUGCCCCAAGCAAGAAAAAUAAAAGAAAUCCAUAUGUAGCAUAUCAUAGUAUUGUUGGAAAAUGAAAGACAAAGAGAAAAUCUUAAAAUCAGCCAGAGGGAGGAAAAAGGAGAAACAGAAACAAUGGAAGCUGGAUGACCUGGUGUAUUUUUUAAAGUUCUAAAAGAGAAAGCUACCAAUCUGGAUCUAAGCCCAGUGAAAUGUAUUUCAAGAAGGAAGGCAAGAAAGGUUCUAAACAAAGCUGAGAAAAUGUGUUACCAGUAGACUGUCGCUAUAGGAAACAUAAAAGGGUAUUUUUCAGGCAGAGCAAAAACAGUCACAGAUGAAAAGUCAGAAAUACGGGAAGGCAUGAAUUAAGAAAAAGUCAACAUGUAGGUGAGUGAAUAUUGACUGUAUGAACCAAAAAACUGAUGUCUUAUGGGUGUGUGUAUGUGUGUAUGUAUACAUCUGAAAUCCACGAUAAAAAUAGCAUAUAAAUUGGGAAGGGGAUAAAUAGAGUUAGUAUUGUAAUAAGGCUCUUGCAUUGUCUGGGAAGGGAAAAUGGUAAGAAUAUCAAUUAAUGUUAGACUUUAAGUCAAGGAUGCUUAUUGUCAU